UUACAGUUUUUCCUAUGAUUUGUUUUUUUAAAAAAAAAAAGAGGAAGAAUUUGCUUUUCUCCAUCAAGAGUUUUCGCUGUGACCGCCGCUUCCACCCAGGGUUUUACAGAAGAAGCCGAAAUUGCAAUCUACCCGAUUUCUCAUUCCGUCUACGAAUUGAAGCUGAGAUGUCGAGAAUGGUCCGGACUAUGGCCGCUUUCACAUCGGCUUCUGCUUCCAGUUUGGUUCAGACUCAUCAACGCCUUCGAAGAGGUACUCUUAACACUUUCUCAGAUCGUUCCUAUGUUUUAAGUUGUCGGAGACUGGCUUCUUCUGGUGUUGACUACAGAGACAGAUUGAGAUUUGGGUUUCAUGGUUGUAGUAAUGUAGAUGAGGCUGUCGCUUUGUUCGACCACAUGGUUCGGUCUCGUCCCUUGCCUUCCAUUGUCGAUUUUAAUAAAUUACUGGCUGCAAUCGCCAAAAUGAAACAGUAUGAUGUUGUGAUUUCUCUCUGCAAGAGAAUGGAAUUGCUCCGGGUUUCACAUGACGACUACACUUUGAGUAUUCUCAUCAACGCAUUCUGCCGCUCAGGACAAGUGGUUUUGGGCCUUUCGGUUUUGGGGAAAAUCAUAAAAAGGGGUUACGAGCCUAACGUAGUCAUAUUCACUACCCUGAUCAAUGGAUUUUGUAUCCAAAAGAAGCUUUCUGUGGCGUUAAGUUGGUUUGACCAAAUGGUAUACGAGGGGUACAAACCUGAUGUUGUGACAUUUACCACUUUGGUCAACGGACUUUGUCGAGAGGGGAGAGUUUCUGAAGCUGUGAGCGUAGUUGAUCGGAUGUUAAAGUUGGGGUAUCAACCAAAUGUAGUUACUUAUGGCGCUGUUGUCAAUGGUAUUUGCAAGUCGGGGGAUUCUGCUUUGGCAUUGAAUCUGCUCAUGAAGAUGGAGGAAAAGAACAUUGAGGUGGAUGUCAAAAUUUACAGUAUGAUCAUUGAUGGUCUUUGCAAAGAUGGACACAUAGAUGAUGCAUUGAACCUUUUCGAAAUGAUGGACAGCAAAGGGAUUGCUCCAGAUGUUGUCACCUACAGUUGUUUGAUAAAAGGCCUUUGCGUUUUUGACAGAUGGAACGAUGCUGUCCGAUUGUUGAAUGAUAUGGCCAAAAGAAAAAUCUUCCCUAAUGUUGUCACUUUCAAUAUAUUGAUCGAUGCGUUCGUUAAAGAGGGAAAGUUUUUGGAGGCCAAAGAACUGUGCGAAGAGAUGAUCCGAAGAGGUUUAGUUCCGAAUACUCAUACAUAUACUUCAUUGAUCGAUGGGUUGUGCAUGAAGAAUCGCCUUGACGAGGCGAGACGAAUGAUCGAUUUUAUGAUCAACAGAGGAUGCUAUCCAAAUGCAGUGACUUUUAAUUGUCUGAUAAAUGGUUAUUGCAAGUGUAAUAAGGUUGACGAGGGUAUGAAACUCUUUCAUGAGAUGUCUCGAAGAGGGUUGGUCGGUGAUACACGUACUUACAACACUCUCAUACAAGGUUUUUUCCGAGCGGGCAAAGACAAUGUCGCCCAUAAACUCUUUUUAGAGAUGCAGAGACAGGGUGUGGAUCCUGAUCUUGUAACUUGCACAGUAGUGCUUGAUGGACUUUGUAAGAAUGGAAAACUGGACGAGGCGCUUGUAUUGUAUUGCGAGUUGGAAACGAGUGGGAUUGACCUCAAUAUAUUUGUUCAUAGUAUUAUGAUGAAUGGCUUGUGCAAGGCUGACAUGGUUGAUGAGGCACUCGGAUUGUUUAAUAAACUUUCGGAUAAAGGGAUUGAACCGAACGUAAAGACGUACAAUACAAUGAUUACUGGAUUUUGUAGAAAAAGUUUGCUCAGUGAAGCCGACAAGCUGUUUAAAAACAUGAAAGAGGUUGGUUGUAUGCCAGAUGAUUGUACGUAUAAUGUACUGAUCCGAGGUCAUCUCAAAGGUGGCCAUGUAGCAACGGUUAUCGAGCUCAUUCGGGAAAUGAGAAGCUGCGGUUUUUCUUCAGAUGUUUCAACAAUGGAAAUGGUUGUUGAUAUGCUAUCGGACGGGAGAUUGGAGAAAAGUUUUUUGGUUCUUCUUUCUCGAUGAGCUGUAAUGCGGAGGUUGCUUUCAGUCAUGGAAGUCGUAUGACAACGAGGCAGUUGAUCCAACUGAAGAAAUUCCUCUUUAGGCAGUGAAUGAACUCUCCCCAAUUCCUCUGAGGGUUGCAAGCUCUAAUUUGUCUUAAUAAUUUAACUAACUGAGUUGAGUAUUUUCCACGUUUGUAUAAUUUUUUUAAUAAUUUAAAAAUUCAUCGAACUUUCAACUUAGCGAUAUAAUCAGGUAAGUGUCAUUUUCCAAAUAAAAACUCGAAUUUGGAUUAGAAAGAGCUUUACUCUAUCCUUUAUCAAUUGCCAUGUUUGUGUAUUUUUUUAGAUAUUUUGACGAGUUGGUAUUUUAUCAUAGACGCUUAAUAACAAAACAAAGGCCCAAGUGAAAUUAUAUUAACGAUUUUUUUUACAUAGAAGAUGAAGAUAGGUUAUUAAAACGACACGAUUGUAUAGUAGAAACAUAGAAUUAGACCAUUUUCGCGAAUCAUUAUGCCGUCGCAUUAGAGAAUUUGUAAAUUCCACCGUUACAAAAAAAAAAGUAUAUGUAAAUUCCAUAAUAUAAAUUUUUCUAUAUAUAUUAUGUGACAGACACAGUAUAUAUAUUUAUCAACGCCUAUGGACAUGCGUCCCCUUUUUGUUCGGGUAAUAGAUUGGGCAAAAACGUCUC